CAACUUUAGUUGCCAGUUGGAGUCGAGCAGAAAUUAAUCAAAAUUCAAGAUGGCUAUGUGUCACGAUGGUGUCUUGAAGUGUUAUCGUUAACUUUAUUUGUUUUGUGUGAAAAAGUGUUUUUCCACGAUGGCUGACUUAAGUGUUGAUGUUUCUAAGUUGCCUGAUGAUAUAAGAGACAAACUAGCUGAGUUGGACUUGGAGUUAUCUGAAGGAGACAUAACACAAAAGGGAUAUGAGAAGAAACGAACCCGCCUCCUCACCCCCUACCUUACACAACAACAGCCACAAGGGAUUCAACCACCGAGAGGGCCUCGUGGUGACGGUGGCAGCAGACAGCAUACACGGAACAGGCGCACUCAUCGACGCGUCACCCACAAUGAGAAGAGAUACCAUUCAGAAGUUAGACAAGAGGCGGUCCAGCAGGCUCUGGCGGAGAUGCAAAACAGACCGAAGCCUUCUCUGCCGAUGCCUUCCAAAAGGACUUCCAUCAUGGCCAAGAGUCCCGACCGGGAGAGGCAUGAUCUAUCAUCCAGUUCAGACGAAGACUCGUGCGCGGGAGAUACCGACCUGCCUCCCCCUCCGGAGCUCGGGUCUCCACCGGCGCGCCGCCCCGCUGCCCCUCACCCCCGCGCACAUCCUCACCCCUUGCCGCAGCCGCACAACCAGAGGGAGAAGAAACACCAGCCCAGGGAACGAACGGAGAUUGACUUGUCGGAGAUCACACACCUUCCAGCUUAUAUCCAGCCAGACGUGACUCACACGUCGUCCGGUGCGCGCCGGGGCGGAGCGCUAGUCGCGGACCGGGUGCAGUGUUACGCUCAACCAGAAGACACGGGCACCGGCACUGGUCGCUGGAAGGUGUCUGCCAAAAUACAGCAGCUGUUGAACACAUUGAAGAGACCGAAGCGUAGGCCAUUGCCGGAAUUUUACGAGGACGAUGACAUCGAGCUGGAGAUAGCAGCGAACCCAAAAGACCCGAAUGCUCCGAGGCCGGAGGGCGGCACCAUGACCCCAGCCGUGGGAGAGCAGCUGGUGGUGCCCGCUGGGUUGCCACGCAACCUGGAGGCGGCCUUGCAGAGAUAUGGCACGGCAUCAUUCAAAGCCAACGUGGCGACCGUGCUCGAUCCCAACGGGAAGCUCAGCAAUUCUCUCACUUAUGGAAAACUACUCAGCCGAUCGCUGAAAAUCGCUCACGCGCUACUCAACAAGACGUUCACAUCCAAGACCAGCAGCGGUGGACCCAUGACUGGGGACAAUUCCAUCAAGCCUGGGGAUCGCGUGGCACUGGUUUAUCCCAACAACGACCCUAUCAGCUUCAUGUGCGCGUUCUACGGGUGUCUGCAAGCCGGAGUGGUCCCUGUGCCUAUCGAAGUCCCACUCACGAGGCGGGACGCGGGCUUGCAGCAAGUUGGCUUUCUUCUGGGUUCGUGUGGGAUACAGUAUGCUCUUACGUCGGACGCUUGUAUGAAAGGCCUCCCGAAAACGUCAUCAGGCGACGUGGUCUCCUUCCGAGGUUGGCCGUCGCUGUUCUGGGUGUCGACUGAGAAGCUACCUCGGCCUCCGCGCGACUGGAUCCCUCCGCCCCGCCCCGCUGAAGACAGUCCAGCGCACAUCGAACAUACUUCCGCUGCCGACGGAUCAGCUAUGGGCGUUAUUGUCACCAGAUCGUCGAUGCUGGCUCAUUGUCGCAUGCUGUCGGUGGCCUGCUACUACACCGAGGGGGAACACAUGGUGUGUGUCCUCGACUUUAAGCGGGAGACGGGGCUGUGGCACGCGGUUCUCGCCAGCGUUCUCAACGGAAUGCACGUCAUCUUCAUCCCCUAUGCGCUCAUGAAAGUCAGCCCCGCUUCUUGGAUGCACAUGAUUACCAAGUACAGGGCAUCAGUGGCGAUAGUCAAGUCUCGCGACCUUCACUGGGGGCUGCUUGCGACCCGUGACCACAAGGAAAUCUCCCUAAGCACCCUCCGUAUGUUGCUGGUCGCCGACGGCGCCAAUCCCUGGUCGCUGUCUUCGUGCGAUCAGUUCCUGUCAGUGUUCCAGAGCAAAGGCGUCCGCGGCGACGCGAUCUGUCCAUGUGCAUGUAGCAGCGAAUCGAUGACGGUGUGCGUGCGGCGUGCGGGGCGCGGGGGCUCCUCCGCGGGGCGCGGGGUGCUCUCCAUGUCCGGCCUCUCUUACGGGGUGGUCAGAGUCGACGCUGAGAACUCGCUCACGUCGCUCACCUUGCAAGACUGCGGGCAAGUCAUGCCUUCCUGCGUGAUAGUGGUCGUCAAGAUGGAGGGGCCAGCAUUCCUAUGUAAAACGGAUGAGGUCGGCGAGAUCUGCGUGCUGUCCGGCGCGACCGGGUCCGGCUACUGGGGCCUGCCCGGACUGACCAACACGGUGUUCCGGGUCCGGCCGCUCGACUCGGACGGGGAGCCCAUCGGCGAGGAGAGCUAUGUCCGGAGUGGGUUGCUCGGCUUCCUCGGACCUGGUGGCCUAGUAUUCGUAUGCGGUUCCCGCGACGGCCUGAUGACAGUGACAGGCCGCAAACACAACAUGGACGACAUCAUAGCCACGGUGCUCGCCGUCGAACCCAUGAAGUUCAUAUACCGCGGCAGGAUAGCUGUGUUCUCCGUGAGGGUGCUGAGGGACGAGAGGAUCUGCAUCGUCGCUGAGCAGAGACCCGACUGCGGGGAAGAGGAGUCUUUCCAGUGGAUGUCACGUGUUCUCCAAGCCGUGGACUCUAUUCAUCAAGUGGGCAUCUACUGUCUCGCUCUGGUCCAACCGAACUAUUUGCCUAAGACGCCGCUAGGGGGCAUCCACCUCAGCGAAUGUAAACGCCGCUUUUUGGAAGGCACUUUACACCCAGCGAACGUGCUCAUGUGUCCCCAUACGUGUGUCACCAAUCUGCCGAAGCCGAGAGAAAUACAUUCAGACGUGGGUCCAGCUUCAGUGAUAGUGGGAAAUUUGGUGCAAGGCAACCGUUUGGCGUCGGCUCAAGGGCGGGACAUGGGCUACAGCGACGACUCCGACGCUGCCAGGAAGUACCAAUUCAUAUCUCAGAUUCUGAGAUGGCGGGCUCAGAGUACAUCGGACCACGUAAUCUUCACGCUCCUCAACUCCAAGGGCGCCGUGUCCAAAGUGCUCACGUGCGCUGAGCUCCACAAGAAAGCGGAGAGGAUCGGUAACCUCCUCUUAGAGAAAGGGCGAGUCAACACCGGAGACCACGUCGCCCUCAUUUUCCCGCCAGGACUUGAUCUCAUUUGCGCGUUCUAUGGCUGCCUCUACGUGGGCGCAGUGCCCGUCACCAUCCGCCCCCCGCACCCACAAAAUCUACACACCACCCUCCCGACCGUUCGAAUGAUUGUGGACGUCAGCAAGGCUACCUUGGUCCUCUCCAACCAAUCUGUGAUAAAACUCCUCCGCUCCAAAGAAGCCAGCAACGUCCUCGACAGCAAGGCCUGGCCUCUCACCCUCGACACUGACGACAUGCCGAAGAAGAAACUGCCGAUCCUGUACCGAGCUCCCACCGCAGAAAUGCUCGCGUAUUUAGACUUCAGCGUGUCCACCACGGGAAUGCUUGCAGGCAUCAAAAUGUCCCAUGCCGCCGUCACGUCGCUCUGUCGAUCGAUGAAAAUCGCCUGCGAACUUUACCCUUCGCGACAUAUAGCCCUUUGCUUAGAUCCUUACUGUGGACUCGGAUUCGCACUAUGGUGCCUUAGCAGCAUUUACUCCGGACACCAUUCUAUCCUCAUCCCGCCUUCGGAAGUCGAAAUCAACCCGGGCUUGUGGUUGAGUGCCGUCUCGCAGUACAAAGUACGCGACACUUUCUGCUCUUACGGAGUUAUGGAACUUUGCACCAAAGGAUUGGGCAGCUCAGUCAAUCAGCUCAAAUCCAAAGGCAUCAACCUCGCUUGCGUGAGGACGUGCGUUGUGGUCGCUGAGGAAAGACCGCGCAUCAAUUUGACAAAUUCGUUCUCCAAACUUUUCUCGGCCUUGGGACUGAGUCCGAGGGCUGUGUCGACGUCGUUUGGUUGCCGAGUGAACAUAGCUAUCUGCCUGCAAGGCGCUUCUAGUCCGGAACCAUCCACGGUGUACGUUGAUCUCAGAGCUCUCCGGAACGACCGCGUGUCGCUGGUCGAACGCGGCAGCCCACAUUCUCUAUGCCUCAUGGAAUCAGGAAAACUAUUGCCCGGAGUGAAAGUCAUUACGGCUAAUCCAGAGACGAAGGGCCAAUGCGGAGAUUCGCAUCUGGGCGAAAUUUGGGUGCAGUCGCCGCACAAUGCGAGCGGAUAUUUCACUAUAUACGGGGACGAGAGCGAUUACGCUGAUCAUUUUAGCGCUCAGCUGGUGACCGGGAACACCGGCGAGGUAUACGCGAGGACGGGUUAUUUAGGGUUCUUGAGGAGGACGGAGAUCAGUAGUACGAGUGGGGGCGGGGACGACACGUCUAUAAUGACCCGGGACAGCGACACGGAGUCGCUGGCGUCCGCUUGCGGCAGCGUGAGCGGCCUUGCGGGCGAUUCGCACGACACUCACGACGCGGUGUUCGUGGUAGGGGCCCUGGACGAGACCAUCAUGUUGCGAGGCAUGCGCUAUCAUCCCAUUGACAUCGAGAACUCGGUGAUGCGGUGCCACAAGAAGAUUGCAGAGUGCGCCGUAUUCACCUGGACGAAUCUGUUAGUGGUUGUAGUGGAGCUAGACGGAAACGACAGCGAAGCUUUGAACCUUGUGCCGCUCGUCACCAACACGGUCCUCGAAGAGCACCACCUGAUUGUCGGGGUGGUAGUCGUGGUGGACCCAGGGGUGGUACCCAUCAACUCGCGCGGAGAAAAACAACGCAUGCAUCUUAGAGACGGGUUCCUUUCUGAUCAAAUUGACGCCAUUUAUAUCGCCUACAAUAUGUAAUUGUGCAUGCAUAACGAUACACGAUUGAUUUUAAUAUAUUUUCGUUGUAUGUAGUUUGUCAUGAUAUUUGAAAAUGCGUUUACUGAUCCAUACGUAUGAUGUUUAGGAGUAUUAUUUAGGUAUAUCUCACACGAAUUACUUGUAAAACCUUGGUUAAAUUUUGUAUGUAAUAUCCUUUCUUUUCGAUAUUGUUCCCGUUUUGCCGAUGAUAAACAUUCCCGUUCUUUAUAAAUCACAAUUUUACGAAUUAAUAAAUGGUUGUGCCCGUCAUAAUAUAUUGUUUAACAGUUAUUUGUAUAACCAAUUUAUAUUAAUAAGCUUUAUUUGUAAAGUUAAAAUUCAAUCAUGUAUCGUUAUUGUAGCCAUUGUGCUACAACCGCGAAAGCGAAACAGUGCGCAAGCGCCCCCAGAAUUGGCCAAUCACAAUACUCCGUGUCUGUACUAAUGCACCCUAUUGGUCAAUUCUGUGCAAACCCCGCCUCAACCCUAUUCUAAUGUAGAUCAGUGUAUAGUUAAUUUUGACUGUCUUUUGAAAAUUUUUGAUCAUUUUGUAAAGCGCUGUACGUACAUGCGAGUGAUGCCAAAUAACGCGCUAAGAACGAAUCGGAAUUUUAAGACUGUAAAGUUGUUAAUUUCUAAGGCUAUUAUACACAUCGCUUUUAAGAUCCCUUCAUGAAGACAUUGGCGAACCGCAUUUUUUGUGUCAUUGAAUUAAAUUUAUAGAGCACAUGCAGUUUGUGAUUUAAAAAGGUGCGCGUCUCGCCGGUCUAUGCGAAUGGACCCUUACAACAUCUCUUGUUCAAGACUGAUCGUCUAAAGUCUGAUUAAUUUCACAUUUUUCCGAAACCUAUGAAUAAUCCAAUUGUUUGAUGAAUAUGUAGGUUAUACAGGUGUCUAAAGUCGUAGACCAUUUAAAAACGUCGUUACGUGAAAAGAACGUGAUUACAUUUUAAAAAUACUGGCAAUACAAACAACCGUUCUCUAUGGUUUGUGUUCGGUUGUGUAGGUAACUAUUUGUGCCAAGCAUAUUAUUUCCUUAUAUCGUAUAUAUGGUAUAAACUAGUAUGUCGACCGUGACCAUAGAUUUUCUUGAGCAAUGUUAGUGAUGUUUUUAAAUGUCCCACGUCUUCCUUAACCCAAGUAGUAAUUUAAUUAAUAAUCUCUAGCUGAAAAUAAGCUGAUAUGUACCGUUUCAAAAUACGUACAAUAUAAUUGUGUUUUCAACGUAAUAACAUAGACAUUAUUCAAUGAAAUAUCUUCCUUGUUGCAAUUCUAAAUGUGACCGCAGCUAAUCGAAAAAUUCGCGAGUUUGAUCAUGACUUCGAUAUUUCUUUUAUGAUGUCACUUUAUUUACGCUUUUAUAUAAAAAUGGCCGCUAAAUCGCAUCUACACAAAAUAUGUUCUGAAAAAAUUUAUAAAUGACCCGAGUCUCAUCUGUGCAGAAUCAAACUUAGAAAUAAUAACAGAAAUAAAUACAUAAACACAGAAAGGUACAUAUGGAAAACAUAUUAUAAUGUGCGGGGAGAAUAUGCGACAGAAAUUUUCUCUGUUGUUAGUAAAGAUUUAAUUUCAAUAUUUUAUUAAUCCAGUAUAAACAAUAUUUAUCGUACUAAAAUGAUUCCAAAUUCCAAACCUAUUUGUGGUAACGUAAGCGACCAAGUUAACUACCUCUUGAGGAUAAAUUAUAAAACAUAUGAGUUACUGAAUCAGAUAAGAUAUAAAUCAGAUGUUAAAAAUUCAGACUUUCCAUUUGUUAAUUUGCAUUUGUGAACAGAAAAGUAUUUUUUUUUCAAUUACCUCGUAUAUUUUCCAUGCAAUUUCUGAACGAGUCAUGCUGGCUCUGCACCAGCAAGAUGACAUAUCAAGCUAACUUAGGCGUUACGAUCCAUGUUUUACUGUUCAAUUUUGUUUGACAAAGAAGAAUUGUCUUACACAGAUGAAACUCGGGAUCAAGUCCCCCAAUCUGAGUUUACAACUGGAUUGCACAUGAAACAUUUUUACUAUACACAAUUGUUGUUGUGAUUAUUAUGAUCAUGUAAUUGUAAUACUAGUAUAUAACUGUAAUGUAUUACAUUGGUUAAUUACUUAGUGUUAGUGUGAGGUACUGCAUUUAAUGUCGUUAGUUUAACCGUUUUUUGGACAAUAACUUUGGCAUGAUGUUCAAACUGAACUAAAAUUUCGCUCACCUUUGCUUAUAUAUGUUUUUUUUAAGUGCGUUUUGUAGAUAGAAGUAAGCUGGUUCCAUACAUAUUCAUUUUUGAGUCAAUAACGCGUAUAAGAUUAUUUUUUGUAGUCUUAGUUGUCGUAGACAACGGUUUAUUUAGUUACGUUGUUUGCUAAUUUUGAGCGGAAACAAUGUGGAAUCAGCAAUUCAUAUUUGUUAUUUUAUAUGUCUCGGAAAAGAAUCAAAAUAAAAAUAAAAUGAGAUUAUUAUACUGGUUAUAAUAAACUCUUUUUUUUUUCUUCACCGAGACUAGAAAUUUGAAUCAAACCAGAAUUUUCUAUUAUUUUUUACAUUGUGUGGUAUUGUCUGGCGCCACUGUUUUUUUUAUUGAAAACUACAUACAAUCAAUUACUUAAUGUUUUAAAACUUUGUGGUGUUGAAUUCACGUUGUCAUAAAUAUUGAUGUAUUAAUUUGAAUUCUCGCACAUAACUAUGGACGAAAUUAAAAUUCUUAUUCAGUGAUUGUAUUAUUAUUAGGUGUUAUUGUUAAGUGAUUAUUUCUGAGGAUUUAUUUCACUCUGUGCACCUGAAUGAACAAAUCGUGGUUUUUAUCAUUUCUUUUGAUAUAUAAGGUGAUAAAAAGCCACUGUAAUUAUUUUAAAAGCUACAUGGGAUCGGAUCACUUGAGUGAAAUCACGCCAAGGCAGACAGAAAUGUCGAAUUGAUUCCCCGGGUUAUAUCCGGGUAACGUGAGUCCGAUGUGGAAAGAAUAGACUUAAUAAUUCAUUUCUAUUCACCCAGGUGCCCAGUGGUAUAAAUUUUUAUGACUUGUCAAGUUUGUGCGAGAUUACAAUCAAAUCGGUAAAUACAUUGCUCUAGGGUUGAAGACCAUGGUGUGACAAAAUUAUUUUGUAUUUUGCUGAGUCCUCAAUUGUGCACACAAAUCGUUUAUGCCCCGGACGACGUUAUGCCAACAUAAUAUAAAGUCGUCCGGGGCUCUCAAGGUAUAUUAAUGUCUUAUGAUGAUUUUCUGUAUUAUGAAAAGGGCAUAAAUCAAAGAUGUGAAUAGUUUUUUUUUAUAUAACUUAUACAUCACAUGGACGAAAGAAUAUUAUAUUUUUCCAUUGAUAGGAGCCAUGAGUCAGACCUAUCUAAAAAAAAAAUUAAGUGUGUGAAUUAUUUUUUGUUUUCUCAUUUCAUUCCAAUUAAGUAUGACUGUCUCAAUGCAAUGAUUUUGCGCAUUAAUUUAUGUAAGCGAAAAUUUAUUUUAAUCAAUAUUCUAUUGUUAGAUUUCAUUUAUUUACUAUUCAUUUUGUAAUUAUUUAUUGCUAAAUUGUACAUAUAUUUUUGUUAUUUAAUUUUACGUUAAAAUGAUUUCUGUAUUUAGAUAUAAAUGUUGUUUUGAUGGUCGAGAGGGGAGUAUCGCAAUGUAGCGUCGAUUGGAUAAAAAUAUGAUUUUUAUGGUUAAUACAAAAUGUAGUCAUCUUGAAUAAGUAUAAAAGUAGUUAAUUAACUCAGUUUUAUGAACAAACAAUGUCUUAUUUGUAAUCGUUUAUUGUAAUGUAACUAUAAUGUAAAACAUGAUGCGUGGCGCGAGGGAUCCCUCGCCCGGUAAAUGGAGGCACGUUAGUACUAUGUUCUUAGAUUUCACUACCGCUUAAUUGUCGCACAUUGUUCUUUUUCUUGUACGUAUGAAUUUUUAAUUGUGUACGCAAGUACACUGUGCUAUGAAAACCUCACGCCCACGCAUGGCUGUAUGUGUCCUCGUGGAUUUCUUCCGUGUCGCUACCAGAAUUCAAUGACAAAUACAGUUUUUCUCUGAAUGCUGGAUAAUUUCAUUUCCUUUCUACCGUAUGUGGGCAUAGUUUAUCAUCCUUUAUCCCUUAAGUUGUAGGUGGUUUACAUCAUACUUCUAGCCUUAUAUACAAUGGCUAACCUUUUUGUAACCCAAUAUAACGCCUAUUCUAGAAGAUAAUUUCUGUAAGUAAUCGAUAUUUGGAUUUGCACUUAUUAAUUUUGCGUACCUACAAUAUUCGCACAAAUAAUUGGAUGUACGAAUGCUCUAAAACAUUCAGAGUGGAUGUUGCAGUUCGGGAACAUUUUGUUUGCGAUAUUAUAAUUUUAUUGGUUGUUUGAAGGAUUCAAUCUCUUCAGCGGCGCCUGUGGCGAUCAACGCGUUUCCCUUUUGGUUGUCCCUUGUGCGUUCAACCCCGUGGUUCAAACGCCCACCCGCCCACAGGUUCGAGUCAAAAUCUUUCGAUUUCGCCUUCUCAUACAACUACCUUUUCUGUUAAAUCUCAGCGACUAGCAACUUAUUUUUCUGUUUUUGUAUCGACGUCCAACGAGCUGAUGUGGUGAUCAGAUAUCAUCUGCUAGUGAGCUUGGACACUUACUUUUUAUAAAAAGGUCUUAGGAAUUGUGUAUUUGUUUUUUUUUUUUCAAAAAUAAACGUGCAUUCAUGUU